AUGCCUCAGCCGGGCGACCAAGGUCAACAGCAACACCGUCACAAAAUUAGCAACUUUGAAAAGGACCGUAGUGCCGGCAAGGACCUGGGCUCGCUUCUCCGCACACCGCCGCCGAGGCUGCCGCCUCCGCCUCCGCAUCGGAUCGCGGCUCAGCCGCUCAGAACCCCCGGCCCGGCAGCCCGCAGGGCCGGCAGCGGCGUCCUUCCAGGCGGGCACACAAACAUGUCCACGGACACGGGGGCAAGUGCAGAAGGGGCCCCACUUAAGUCAGAAGGAGGGCAAAAACGCACACGGCUCUGCGCCUGCAGAUUAAAGGAAUACCCAGAGAUGGACAGCAAGCCAGGAGAGGGCAACCUAGGUGUAGACGGACGACACAGCCACACGCGGGCUGCGGGGACCGCAGACUCCAGGCGUGGGAGUUGGAGGGGCGGAGGCCGGAGAGGCCGCUGGGAUAGGACGGUCCAGCUCUCAGUCGAGCGGACCACUGCCCAACGGGGGCCGCGGACGCAGGGCGGCGGGAUCUUCGAUAACUCAUGGCGUCUCCUCCCUUAUCUGCAGGUCAGAGGCAGGGAGGGACCGAAAAGUGGCGCCCUAACAGGGACCCUUGAAACUCAGAGCGGAGAAGCUCUGAAGAUCGUCAAUCCGCAGAGUCCAGUCCGGAGCCGCCGCCGCCGUCACCCAACACCACCUCCUCAGAGCCGGACGCCCGCCGCCCUCGCUGCUUCCGCCGCCACCGCCUCCCGGAGCUGCGCGCGCGCCCGCCGCCUUGCCGGCCCGGCCCUGCGCGCCCCGGGCCUGCGCCCCCGCGCCUGCGUGCGUGCGCGUGCCCGCGGUUUACGGCGGGGCGGGGCUCGCGGCUACGUCGCCCACCCUCUUCUCGAGCGAGGGGUGUGGAACCGGCGCCUCCCGCGUCCUCUGGCUCGCGGGCCGAGGUCGGGUUGGGGGGCUCAGCGGGACCCGGAGCUACGCUCCCGGAGGCGAUGGAGCGGUGCGGGCGUGCGGAGCCGGGGCCGCUUGCGCGUCGUCACCCUCGGUCUUCGCCACGUUCUCCGAUGGAACCGAUUUGCAGUGCGGACGCUGAUGUUCCGAGAACGUAAUCGAUUUUCCAGGUCUCUCAUUCAAGCCUCCAGGCAGCUAUUGAAGGGGCUCCAUGAAACCGUGGCCGUUCACUACACCAAGCACCUUGCACAAAUUAGGCAUGUGGUGCCUUCUGUUUUAUAUCUUAAGACAGUUUUGGUGAUACACUUUGAACAGAAGGACUUCUCAAAGAAACAAAGUCCCCCAAGAGUGCGCUGCAACUAGUGCGGUCUAGUGACCCGGAACAAAGUUGCGUUAAUCGCAGGAAGUGCCAUAUAUGGACAAGUCCUGGAGGUCAGAAGUCCAAAAUCAGUCUCACUGGGCUAACCUGAAAGUGUCAACAGGACUGACUCCUUCCUGAGGGGAGCUGUUACUUCUAGAUGAGAAGUCUUUCACCUGGAACCCCUGGAUGAGUCCUAGGGAUCUGAACCCCCUUUAAUGGUUGAGUUUCCCAAUUACAAGGUUUUCACUGGCAUCUUUAACCCAGAAGAUGCUAAUUGCUCUUCCAGGUCUUCCCUACUCUGAGAGCAUCAUGUUGGUCCCAAACCAUUAUCUGCCUCCAGGGAGCAACUACCACCAAUCUGUUCAUAUUUACUAUAUGGCUCUGGAUUUUGUUGAUGGUUCAAACUGGACACCCGACAGAGUGUCACUCACUCUGGAAACCUCUGGGCCCAUGUUUACCUGGCCACUUAGGAACUUUGAGCUCACCUUCCUCAUAUGAAAACUAUCUAACACAAACAAAUCAAAACUACAAUGAGAUACUUCUUCACACCCAUUAGGAUGGCUCUGAUCAAAGAAAAAAGCAUUGGUGAAGAUCCUGAGAAGUGGGAACUCUUGUGCCUUAUUGCUGGGCAUGUACAAUGGAGCAUCCGCUAUCAAUGACAAUAUGGUGCUUCCUCAAAACUUAAAAAUAGAAUUACCAUAUGAUCCAAGAAUUCCACAUCUGGGUUUAUACCCAAAAGAAUUAAAAGCAGGAUUUUAAACAGAUAUUUGUACUCCCAUAUUCAUAGCAACAUUAUUCAUAAUAGCCAAAAAGACAACGCAAGUUUCCAUCUGUGGAUGAAUGGACAAAUAGACUGUGGUAUAGCCGUAUAAUAGGAUAUUAUUCAGCCUUAAAAAUGGAAGAAAUUCUGACAUACGCUGCAACAUGGAUGAACCCUGAGGAUGCUAUGCUACAAAAUAAGCCAGUCACACUGGUUAGC